AACCACCCUUCAGUUCUCAGGUCUCUGGUAUGUCAUUGCCAUGGUGUUUGACUGCAAAGUCCUAGAUAACAAGGACUUGCUGACAUCCACCAGAGCUGUCAGUGCACCUGUGGAGGGUGACCUCAAUGUACACAUGGAGUUCCCAAGAUGAGUAGCCUAUGGCUGUAACCAGAUUGAAGCUGAAUACCUGAGGAUGGGAUCCCAGGGGCACUUUUGAAGCACGUGUUUGGCCGUUAUGGCUGCCAAAAGGGAAGCUGGUUCCUUCAACAUCAGGGACUGCAUACCCACCCUCUCCAGGGUCUCACUUGUGUGGUGCAGCAGAGGCGCACCCAACUCCUGCCCAGGUUUUGUCUUGGCCACCUGCGCCACUUCCUCUGCAGCCCUUCACUACCUGGAUGUGCAUGUCUGUGUUGACUACAGCUCAUUUGCAGAGGUCUACAUCUACAAGGAGCCGGACGAUACGCUUAGUGCUAUGGCGCAGCUCCCCAGUGAGAGGCCUGGGCUUCCCCUGUCCCUGGCCCCACUUCACUUCUCUGUGUACCCUCCUGCCCAUUCAGACCAGAAUCUUCCUCCCCUGGGACGCAGUCCAGCUUCUCCUCACUCCUUCCUCACUUGUCUCUCGUCUCCUCUUGUAGGACUUGUCCCACCCUUUUG